UCACCUUUUGUAUCACCACCGUUCCACAACAUGGUCCCAUCAAAUACAUACCAAAGUCAACUCCUCGGCUGAUGUGGCUGCAAACCUUUAGAAAGAAAGCCUUUUGCAUCAGAAAAAAAACUCAAUCAUUCAUUUCCGUCGCUAACUCAGCUACUGAUGAUUGCUGACUAUUGAUCAUUGCUUGAUGAUGUUUAUCUCCUUCGAUCAAGAAGAUUAAUACUCUCACCGUAAUCAGUGCGGAUUGGCGCCAGCCCCAUGCUUUUCGCAUGGUCGUUAAUGAUAACCUAGUGACUUACACUCCCUGCUUAACUCUUCACAACGAUCAAUGGCUGUCCCCCGGCCACCUCCUGAUUUAGGAGGAAACACGUUUAUCUUUGGCGCAGAUUCGUCAAAAAAACGACCCGGGCUCGUCCCAGGCAAAGUCCAGUCCGGUAUCAGCCCACAUUCACAAGCUCAAGAUCUUAGUAAUACGACAAGUAUCUCAACACCUGCCGCAACUCUUCCUUGGCUUGAAAUAGCUGGGUUGGGAACAGGCGAGGAAAAUUACUGGGGAAAGGAAGCACCCAAGCCACAAAUAUUACCCCAAGGAAUGUCAUAUGCCGGGCCCAUGGGAGCUUACCCAAUGCUGUAUACUCCACAUAAAAGAGGAUUUUGGGCCAAGAUCUCUGAUUGGUGGGACGGCGAACCUUACCAGGGGAACCCCACGUUACCUAGAUCGACUCCUAAACAACACAGACCCAUUCCCGGCAUAGCGAAUGGAGUGACACCAACAGCGGCAGCACCUUACGCCCCUCUGGCCAAAACCCUUCAGAAUCCAGCUAUCACUCCAGCGUUCAAUAGCCUACCACGGUGGGAACGGAAGCUCAUAGAGAAACAACAGAAAGCCGAGAUAAAAGCGUGGAAAAAGAUGGAAAAGGAGCAAACGAAGCUGUACAAACGAAGUCUAAAGUUCACGAUUCGGGAAGAGAGAAGGAACCUCAAGGCAAUGGAGAAGGAAUUGAAGAAGAACAACCAGUUCAACCAUGCGCAUAUUCCACUCCACAACGGUCAACGACCACUUCCUCAGGUCUCGGAUCACGCACCCGAAGAGCCCAAACCCAAACUUGAGCCUGAGAAACCAAAGAAAGAAAUGCUGGCCUUUAUGAUGUUACCGCAAGAAGAGUUUGGAGUAAGAAGACCUCUUGGAGGAGAUGGAAUGCCGAAAGGAUUAGGAGGUCGGCAUCAUUGGCCUAUGAUGAGCAGGACGAUGACACAUGCGUUGAUCAAUUUAGGCAACGAUGAGAAAUCGUACACCGUAAGGCCCAUGAGAAUGCCCUUAUAAGUGGGCUUGCUCUGGAAAGACGCUGUUUUUGAGAAAGCUUGUUGGCCCUUGACCUUCUCAAUCGUCCAUGAUGAUGAUGCUGGACAUCUCCUUAGAAGGAAUAUAGUGUAAUGCAAACAUGGGCGACGAAUGCAUUGUAC